AUGGUCAAUUCCGUCGGCAACAUCACCGCCAUGGCGAACUCGACCGUCAUGUCUGAUUUGCCACCCCUUCCUAGCUACAGCCUCUCGCCGCUACCCGAUCUGUUGCCAUUCAUCUCCGACUUUUGGCUUCCCAUCAUUCUUCCGCAUGUCGCAUACUGGAUGCUGUCGCUCUUCUUCCAUCUAAUCGACGUCUACGACCUGUUUCCUCAGUACCGUCUUCAUACCCCCGACGAGAUCACUUCUCGAAACCACGCCACCCGCAGCGAGGUUCUCCGCGAUGUCCUCAUCCAACAAGUCAUUCAGACCAUAACGGCGGCAGUCCUGUCCGCCACUGACGAGCCUCAAAUGGUUGGCGGCGAGGAUUAUGCCGUUGCGGUGUGGGCUACGCGCAUUCGCCUGGCUCAGCGCGCUCUUCCGACGAUACUUGGCGUCUUGGGCCUCAACGCCGCCGCCCUUUCCAAGAACAUGGCCUCUACUGGCCACACCUGGCUUGCCGGUGCGCUCGCCGGUGGUCACUACCCCGCCAUGUCGAAUGAAUUCGUUGCCGGAGCCACAACAGACGCUGCUUUUGCGGCAUGGGAGUUGGGCCUCGCCAAGGCGAUAUAUUGGUUCAUGCUUCCAGCGCUUCAAUUCUGGUUUGCGGUCGCGUUCCUCGACACAUGGCAGUACUUCUGGCAUCGUCUUAUGCAUGUGAACAAGUGGAUGUACACCAAUUGGCACUCUCGCCACCACCGACUCUACGUACCUUACGCGUACGGUGCCCUGUAUAACCACCCGAUCGAGGGCUUUUUGUUGGACACCGUAGGAGCUGGCCUCUCCUACAAGCUGUCUACAAUGAGCCCACGGAUGGGUAUGAUGUUCUUCUGCUUCAGCACUAUCAAGACGGUAGAUGACCAUUGUGGCUACAAAUUGCCCUGGGAUCCGCUGCAGAGGAUCACGAGCAACAACGCCGCCUAUCAUGACAUUCACCACCAGAGUUGGGGUAUCAAAACCAACUUCUCACAGCCUUUCUUCACCAUCUGGGAUAGGUGGCUGAACACGAUGUACAAGGGUGAUGUCACAGACAAGUACGAGAGGGCCAAGAACGCCGCUGCUAACAAGGCGGCCAAGACUGCCUCUGCCAAGGCGAAGUAG